AUGGAAGCCCCCGAAAUCCCAGCCAAGCACAAAGCUCUGGUCUAUGACAGCCCCGGGAACGUCUCUGCAAAAGUCGAAUAUGUUGAGACUCCUCGGCCAGGAACCGGUGAAGUGCUGGUGAUGCUGACACAUUCUGGGCUAUGUCACAGCGACAUGGCCAUCAUGACGAACCGGUGGACUGCGAGAAUUUCACCAACGCCCAAGGGUCAAAUUGGUGGGCAUGAAGGAGUCGGCAAAAUUGUUGCGUUUGGUCCUGGUGCAGAUAAAGUCUCUGGUCUGAAGAUCGGAAGUCGAGUUGGGAUCAAGUGGAUGGCCUAUGCAUGUUGCAACUGCAUUGUAUGCAUGGCCGGUCUUGAUUCAUACAUGUACCCUGGCACAUUCCAGCAAUAUGCAAUUGCCCCUGCACAUUAUGUGACCCCAAUACCGGACGGUCUGGCGAGUGAUGUCGCUGCACCAUUGCUUUGCGCCGGCUUGACGGUCUUCUCUGCGCUGAGGAAGGCGGGCGCCGAGCCUGGGGAUCCUGUUCUUAUCUCGGGCUCUGGAGGAGGGCUCGGUCACUUGGCUCUGCAGAUUGGUGCGAAUGGGAUGGGUUUCCGCAUGAUGGGCAUUGACAUGGGCGACAAGGAAGCCAUUUCACGAGAGUGCGGCGCCGAAGUCUUCUUCGACCUGACCAAGUACGGCAAGGGAGCUGAAGAAAACCUGGUCGACGACGUCAAGGCUGCAACGGGGGGGAGAGGUGUCGCUGCCGUGAUUGUCUGUACGGGCAACAAUGCUGCAUAUGCUCAAGCUCUGCCUCUCUUGGGAAUCGGUGGCACGCUGGUUUGUGUUGGGAUCCCUGAAGGCGCAGAGGUUGCUUUCCCAAAUGCAACACCCUCGCAGUUCAUAUACACCCAAGCAAAGAUCGUCGGCAGUUCCGUCGGAAAUCGCUUGGAAGCUAUUCAGCUGAUGGGACUAGCAGCGAGAGGCAAGGUUAAGACACAUUUCCAACUAAAGAGAAUGGAGGAUGCCAACGAAGUUUUCGAGUUGAUGGACAAGAACGGUCUGCAUGGGCGGGUCGUUUUAGAGCUUCAAGCGUGA